GAAACCCCCCGCAUCGCCCCACCAUCUCUACGACAGCCGCUCGAGUCUGACCUUGACGACACGUCUUUCGAAUGUAUGUAUGUCUGGAACCGCAACUAAGUAUUCGAGGAAGAUGGCUCGCUAUCGACAAAUACCACGGGCUCGUUCACGACGCUCAGAGCAUAGAAUAACCAAACAGCGCAGGCGUCGACUGCAGUUGAACAAUGAGCGAUGUGUAGUUGGAACUCUGAAGAAUUCAAUCCAAUCAAUAUCUCCAGGCGAUCCCGGCGGACAUGUAUACCUGCGUUUUGUGAAUAAAGACCAAUACUCUCUCCAGGAUAGUGAGGGGAGCAACGUCCGUUGGGACAACGUCAUUUUGAAGAAAGGAUUUGAUGCUCAGGAUAUUGACAAGCUAGCAGAGGAGGUGGUUGGAAAGAUCCUGCGCCAGUUAGAGAGGCAGUAUUAUGUAGGCGAAAUAUAAGUUGGUCGGGGUUUUAAUGAGUUCCGGUCGACUUCACAUUGAAACCUGUUGUUCCAG